AUGGACUCACCCUGUUUUGGUCUAACCAUUGACUUUCCUCCACCAGCUUUCCCAAAGUUGGUCAACUGGCUGCUUCCUCCAUACUCAUCCGUACACACCGCCCUGGUCCGUGUCCCACCAUUCCACCUCCAACCCAAGUUCACUGGUGUUCCACCGUCAACCCCAAGUCUCGUCGUUGGCUCGCCCACUGUCUGUAUAUCAACGGGCAAUUGUGCGGGAUAG